CCCUUCACGUGAUCAGAAGAGCCAAUAUGGCGGAAGCAGACGCGGUGAAGUCUUUGAGCGGUUUGUUAAACGGGAUCGCUCAGAAGGUGUAUUACGGCAACAGCGAGAUCACAGAGGAGCUGCUGAAAAGUGAGCUGUACCCCGAGCUGUCGCAGGACGAGUUCACAGCUUUGCACCAUAAAAUGAAAGGCCUGUUAAAGUCCAUCGCCACAGCAGACAUGGACCACGCCCAGCUCGAGGCCUUCCUUACAGCUCAGACCAAGAAGCAGGGUGGUGGCGGAGUGAGCGCUGAGCAGGCCGCUGCCCUCUCUCGCUUCUGGAAGAGCCAACGAGUUCGGGUGAAGGAGAGCUUGGUGGCUCAGAGCCGCUGGGAGCCCAGCCUCAGAGGCCUUUCCUGGAGGGUGGAUCUCCAGGCCGCAGCCAGCCGGGGGGACGCAGCUUACAGCGGCCCGGUCACUCUGGUGGAGCUGGAGCUCGGCCGAGCUGGACAAGACUCAGAGUUCGUGUGUCUUGAGUUCGAUGAAACCAGAGUCAACCAGGUGUUGAAGAAGAUGGCCGACAUCCAGGAGAGCAUCGACAGAAUUGUUCACAGCACUUGAAACUCUUCCUGAGAGCUUGUCUCAAACAGCAGAGACGGAACAGUGACGGGGAGCCUGCUCUCCUCUGAGCAGGAGUGGCUCAGAUCUGGGCUCGCUGACAUCCAUCAGACGUGGUUUUUCCACCGGAUGGAGGAUUCUGUUUUUCCAUUAUAGCGCUGAGAGAAAGGAAAUAAGCAUCUUGACCUCUGCAGUGUCUGCGAAACGUAACCAGGGAUUAUGAUUAUGAACAAAAAACACAACCCGAUGAAAUUAAAGGUGAAAAAAAGCAUCGCAAUAUAAUGCGACAUCAUUUUAGAUAUUGCAAAACAAAAUAAAAAGUCUCCCGUGUGUAAUUAUUAUUAUUUAGAAAGAGUAGGUUGUUGUUUUAUUUCCAGGGACCCUAUGAGUUGAACCCCCCCAUCAUCAUUCUCAUGGAUAAAUGUGUGUUUAAGCUAAAUGUGAGGUAAUAACUGGAUGGGACCAACUGCACAAAAUCCAACACAAGUAAACAGAAAAACAGAUUGUGGAAAUAGCCUGAUGAUAAUAUGAUUUUAUUUUGACUUUUUUUAAAAAUGCAUCUUUUUCCAUAGAGUGACUGUUAAUGAUCAAUUGCACUGGUCAACAAUGAUUUUGCUACUGGGAGAAAAAUACCUGACAUUUCAGGUAUGCUGAGUCCAAAUCUAUAAUCAGCCACCUGGGCGCCAGUAUCUGUGUCUUUUUUUUAACCAGUUGUAUGUUUAUGGUGUACUUUUCUAAUAAAAUCAUUGAUGUCGAGUUUGGCGAUUGGCAUUUAUAACGUAACUCAAGAUCCUGAUGUGCUGGAGAAAUUCUGUUUGCAUAUUUGGAAUCGGCAUACCCAAAUGAGUAAAAAUCAGUUUUUCCUCAGGUAGCAGACAAAAAGUUUUUUUUUUUGUUGUUGACCAGUGUUACCCAGUAUCACCAAGUGUAAUAUAGAGCUUAAACUAUUGCUGCCAGAGGCUGAGUCAUCAGACGAUAGCUGGCAGGUUUUUAUCCUGCAGAAAUCAGAACUGCUUAAUAAAUCUAUCAGCUGUGUUGUGAAGACAGAACUAAACAGCAAACGUCCCACUUCCUCAGAUGGAUUCAGUGUUGACAUGAAUGAAUGUGAUAAUUUAUUGUAGCUGUCAGCAAGGAGGAUGUUUUCCCACUACUUUGCUGUUCUCUCAUGGCUCUUUGACUGCAAACAAACAACUGGAGCAAAACAUGUAAUAAAACAUUAGCACAUC